AUGCCUGCGCCCGGAGAAGACACGUUUCUGCGGUGAGCAGGACGAUUAUGAGAUGGACUUAAAUCGGGAUGACACAGGGCUGCUAGCAAAGUCAGGAGAAGAGGAAUAUUGGGACAGGGACACGGAAAGGUGGAUUUCGGAGGAGGAAUGGAGGAGGAAAAAGAGGAAGAAGAGGUCGAAGAGAAUGAGGAAAGCAGAGGUUGAAUCUGAAUUUGAUGAAGAUGGUGAUAAAAAGGUAGAUGGUGUAUUGAAGAAGACAAGUACAAACAGGGUGAGAUGUUCGCCAGACCGAGCUCUGGAGGUGAAAUGGAAGAGAAUGAGUGAGAUUUAAGUGAGGUGGAAGGUGCGGUGAUGAGCUCGGAGCCCGAGCCUUGCAUCGAUGGACAUGGUUAUGAUAAAGAUGAGUUUGGUCCAGUGGGAGUGAGAUUCUUGUAGAAAGUGGAUCCAGGCAUUUUGGCUGAUCCAUAUGUGGUAUCAGGUUGGGUGGAAAAGAUGUUGGGUACUGUUAAAUCGGUGAAGGUAACCCGAAGUGGACUUGUAAUGUUUAUUUGUGUUUCUUCAGCCCAGAGGGAGCGGGCGCUCUGUGCCUUAGUCUGUCCCUUUGAGUUUUGAAUCAGAAUCUUUACCCGACAAAGUCAUGUUAGGAUAUAUCAGUUAUCCUGUUAGCGCUUUUGUACCGAAUCCACUGCGGUGUUUCAGGUACCAGUUUAUGGUCAUGUUGCAGCAGUGUUAAGGAAGGAGAUUCCAAGAUGUAGGAAGUGUGCAGGAGGGCAUAAGACAAAUUAUUGUGUAGUUUCGGUAAAUUAUUGUACAGUUUGUGUCAACUGUAGGGGUGCCCAUGUUGCUGGGGAUCGUAAGUGUCAGGUGCAAGAGAGGCAGGUGUUGUAUGCUGAGGCAGUGAAGAAAGUAGAGGAAGAUUUAUCAAGGGUGAGGUAUCCUGAGAGGAUCCCUGUGAGUAGUAGAUUUGGCCAUCACAGAGGAACAGGACUACGAGUUAUAUAUGCUUCAGUAAGGUUAGCUUCUUAGCGUUCAUAGCAAUGGUUAUCAACUGUACCGCAGAAACGGAAAGUAAAUCACAGAAUAUAGAUGUUGUUGUGGCAGCAGCUGAGAAGUACUUGGGUGUAUGAGAUUUGACUUCAGAAGAGUUACAGGGUGUGUUGAGUGGUGGUGUCCUGUCCUCCCAGGUCGUUGGCAUGGGGUAGUAUCAGAUAUGAUUAAAUUAGUCGAAUAAGAUGGUCGGUUUUAUUGAAUGUAGGGUUAGUUGGUAGGGUAAUGAAACAAAUAUUUAUUUAUUUAUUUUCCCCGUUUCCCCUUUUCCCAUUUUGUAUUACAACGUGUAAUGGAUUUAUACUACAGUUCAGUUGGGGGCGGUAAUGCAACAUUUGGAUGCCAACCGCCAUUAAACCUCACCUAAGAAGAAGAUCACAGCAUUGAGUCACCCCACGAUACAGAAAACAGAUCAGACACUAAAAUACACGCCACUACAAACACACAUGGACCUAUAGGAACGAGUAUAUCGGUGUAUUCUGGAAAAUUAGACGCGCCUGACCAUUACCACAAGGCUACACACAGCCGUAGUUUAUGCUAGGUUAUGUACGCAGGUACAAUUGCUGUUGCUCCGUGGAAGUGAAACAUUUUAUGGAGGCUUGGAAGGACGUGGGGGGGCGAUGAGCGGAAGGGGGGAAACUGGAGAUUGCUUCAACGUACUGGAAACAGGACAGCUUCUCCUGGCUACGAGUGACCCACACGCACGGGACGGGGUGAAAACAUGGCCGCGAAUGGCAACAAUUUAACAUCUGGGAUUGGCGAAAUUAUCCAACUGAAUGUUGGUGGGACACGGUAUUACAUCGUUUAAAUAGCCUAAUUUAGUCUAAAAGAACUGUCAAUGUGCUCUCGGGGAGGGCAGGAUAGUAUUGACAGACUCGAACAGGCAGACAGCUUGAUCGUUUCUGUUUAGGUUGAUAUGAUGUCGCAAACGAGAACAUGGAAUUCGGGCUGCGAUAAAAUGCACGAAAAGCACGCAACACACGCGCUCGCAUUGUCAAGGCGUGUUUACAUUGUUGCAAAACGCAAUUUUAGGAUAUGUCUGGACAUUGUGUAGUAAAUUGCCUGUAUUAUUCACUGUGUUCCAGUCAAAUAUAUGUUAGCAGCAACAUAUGUAAAACCCAAGCAUGGUAUCCCACAGUAAACACGUUCGGUAGUUUAUGAAGUAUUGAUAUGGAUAAUUGACUCCACCUUGGCUUGGAUAUAGGAAUACACGCUGUGGUGAUAUCCUACAACGGGGCCUGUGUAUCUCUCUUCGGAGGAUUAGAACGAAAAGCAUGUGAAAACCUAUGAGAACUCAUGACAAAUAGUGUUAUUGUACAAUACAAUCCACUUUCGUUGAAUGUCAUUCAUUUUGCGUUGUCAUGAUAUGUCUGAGCCUGUCUGAUCUAAGGUAUAUCCUCUCCUCCCUCUCAGGUUCAGCACCUCUAGACAGACUCUCAUGUGGAUACCAGACUCUUUCUUCUCAAGGUUGGUCAGUCUACACAUCUCUUUAUCUCUGCUAAGAUGUGAUCUGGCUACAGCUCUGGAAAGGUGACCCAGUUCACUUCAUGUUGAUCUCCCAGCGAUUCAAUCUUGAUAAUGUACAUUGUAUCAAACAGUGUUAGGACUACAGGAUUGCCCCACAGUUGACAUAAAGCCAGAGUGAAAGCUGAGAUGAGCUUUUAACGGGCUAACUAGAGCACGAGGUUAAGUGUGUGUAUGUGCCUGUGUGUGUUUCAGUUUGCUGAGUGGGAGAAUAUCAUCUCUACUGGAUGAAACUGGAGCUGUGAGUUCUGAGUCUUUCUAUUACAUAAACAAACAUGUUUCAAUGUUUUUUGGACGUGGGACUAAACAUUCCACAGAUGUACUCUGUUACACACUUUCAUACAGUGAUAUUACUGUAUAUGUAAAUUGUACCAAUGUUAUUUACUCCCCCCCCCCCAAAACAAAAACAACAACAAACAUGACUUCUAAAUGUCCCUCUUGUCCUCUAGAUAUUUAUUGACAGGGACCCAACAGCCUUUGUGUCCAUCUUGAAUUUCCUUCGAACCAAAGAGUUAGACUUACGGUAAGAACACCUGACCCUCCCUACAUACAGGAUCAACAUGUGUAUGUAGUCUAUAUUAUGGCGAAGCAUAUUGAGCCAGGUUAGGUCUUAUGACUGAUGUUCUCUUCUCUUCGUAGGGGGGUAAACAUUAACAUUCUCCGCCAUGAAGCUGAGUUUUAUGGGAUAACGCCAUUAGGUAUGGCCUCCAUGCACUAAAUUGAAUAAUUACUAUGCUACUACGUGGUAUUACUAGGAUUACUAUGGUAUUAUAUAGUUAUUUAUUUGCUAUAACCUCACUUAAUGUCUUGAGCUAAUCUGGGAAAAAACACAAAUAAGAAUCACUUUAUAGUUUGACCUUGUCCACUUACCUAUUAGCUAUCAGAUACAGUAUACCUACCUAGAUAAAAUAUACAAUAUAAAACUACUUUCCUGACACAAAGUUCUGAUUUGGUGGCAUAAUUAUGUCCGGUUUCUGAAGUAUUUCUGAAUAUCUGCCUCUUGUGUUGUGGUGCCUGUCUUCAGUGAGGAGGUUGCUGCUGUGUGAGGAAAUAGAACGUUCGUCCUGUGGCAGUGUUCUGUUCCAUGGAUACCUCCCACCUCCAGGUACAGUAUUCCCACAACUCCUCUAACCUGGAAUUCUGUAUCCUCUGGCACAGGUGAAUUACAGGACAUUGUAUUCUCUCUCCAUCUCUCUUAUCCCUCUGAGUGCUCUAGUGAGGCUCUUUCUAGUGUUAGUUUGGUCUUUGUACUUUUGGUAUUUUUGACGUUUAUAAAAUGUGUUAGUAAUGUAGAAUUUGAUGUAUUAUUUAAUUAGUUAGUUGGUUGAUUGGUGGAUUGAAGAAUGUGUUGCUCCCACAGCUCUCCCAGCCCGUAAGUCUAGCCCCACCCCUGCAGCCUCUGGCCUUGCCGUUGAGGAUCGGCCUGGUCCUAGUGGAGCAGAGGGGGGGUUCCCCCAAACCUGUCCCCCCCACCCCUCCCUUCCUGGACCACCUGGAGCCGAGGGGCCACACAGACUGGGUAAGCAGGGGGGCAGUUAAAGGUUAAAAAAUAAGGGUGGGGGCAAGGGGUGUGUGUAAUGAGGUGUGGAGCAGGGCUGGGGCUGGGCUGUUCUACUCCCCAGACUCCUUAGAACUCUGUGUGCCUGUUUAACGACCAAUCAGAAUACUCAGUCCUACCACUGGUUUCCGUUAGCGUGUAAUAGCCAGCUUUUGUCCGAUAUUUUUUUAAAAUAGAAAAGCCGAUAAAUAAAAUUGGCGCCACCAAUUGUUCAGGAGAAGAAGAAAAAAUCCCAUUGCGAAAUAGUGCUUUUUAGCCUAUUCAUUGAUGGAAAUACCAGUCGAUGGAAAUACAUUUGACUGGUCAUGCUUAUCGGUCUAUAGGUUCAUUUGCAUAAUUUUGUGAAAUUAAAUUGGCAUGUGUGUACAGUAUAUUCAUAAUUUAUCUUAUUUAUCACAAGUGUACAGCAUACAGAUAUAGAGCCUUUGAGUGGAAAAUCUGUCAGCUGGCGCAAGAGCUGCUGCUGUAGCAUCUUGUGGUGCUUUCAAGGCAACUGGGAACUCUGAAAAAUACGAGGUGAAAUCAUGACGUCUAGAAAGAGGCCCAAGUUCCUGAGUUGGAAUUCCGAGUUGGCUGACCGUUUAAAACAAUUUUUCUCAGUUGUCUUGAACGCUUAGAAGUCUGAGAUUUCCGAGUUCCCAGUUGUUUUGAACACAGCGUUAAUCGGCAACGGAAGGCAGGCUUCAUCAGCGCGUCACACACCGCUUUGGAAUGUGCUGGAGGUAAUAUGCAUUUUGAAAACAUAUACUUAAUUGUUUGAAACUAGGACGUUUUAAUACAUAUUAUGAGGCAUGUUUUACCUUGCUUCAAAGAUAAAAAAGAUAUCCUCUUUCUAAAUUCCUAAUGGAUAUUUUACUCUCUGUCACAUGAAACCGCUCGCAUUUGCAGUGCCCUUUUGAAAACUGUGUUUUCCCAGUAAUUGCAUUAUGGGACGAUCAUUCGCGUGUAGCCUACUGCCUUGUGUGCAUUGCUAUGCUUAUAAUGUGAACAGUGACGAUUUUAGCAUAUAAAUCUUGGUGGGGCAAAAAAAAAAAAAAAUGGUGGGAUGCAUGCCAGAAAAGCUACUACACAACACUAAACAAUACAUUAAUUGCACUAUACCGGUGACAAACGGUGUCCACAAACUGUUAGGGCCUACAUAAAGCUGUCCCAACAGCAGAGUCCCAAUAUCUUACCACUGCUACACCUAGCUAUCAGCGGAGCCUUGUCUGGCAGUGAAACAGUUCAUUCAGCCUCAUUUACUGCUUUAAAAAAAAAACAUAGCUGAUAUGGCUGACUUGCUUAAACAAAUGUGGUUUCUAAUGACAAUUGAGAUGGACAAACUAUGGCAUAAGGGGACGACAAGUGGAUAAGAGGCAAUCCGUAAUUUCGAUUAAGACAUUAAUGCGUGAGCUAGGACGGACGUAGUCAAUGUAACUAUUUGUUCAGCACUUUUGAAAUGUACAGCGACAGAAUUCAGAACAUGGGCCGUAAAAAAAACAAGGUUGAAUCAUGAUGACGUCAUUGACCUUCAGGUCGUAGCUCUAGAAAGAGGCCCGAGUUCCGGAUUUACAAUUCUGAGCUGGCUAACCGUUCAAAACGUAUUUUCCCAGUCGGAGCUAGUUCUUUCCCGACUUCCCAAUUGUCUUGAACUCACUGAAGUCAAGUUUUCGCAGUUCGGAGUUAACAGUUGUUUUGAGCACGGCACAAAUCAUGCUUCAUUGACAGCAUGGCCAAUGUUGAAUGUUUAUCAUUUUAAACUUGGAAAAGAGACCCUUAAUCCCAGAUUUGGGACCACACAGCCACUCCACUGAAUAGCAGGCUAGUGAUUGCUUUGCAAUGCUUGCAGUUAGCCACUGUCACUGAUUCCUUCCAAUCCACUCAUUGUUGAAUUUGCAAUUUCCAACUUAUUGUGUAAUGUUUAUGUCCAAUGGCCGAUGAGCACCGAUACGUUUUAUCUAUAAUUAUUUAUCUUCAUAUGACAAGAAUUAAAAAGGAUUUGCCAGUAGAUUGUCGACUUGAUUCAUGAUGAAGACUGCUAGCUAAGAUUUUGAAAGUAUGAUGUUGACAUGAUCAGUCCAAUCAAAGCUACUGUAGAUAUAACGUGAUUAGACAUCAUUUUAUCUGUGGCCAAUGACCUUGAGCCUUCUUGGAUGGGCACUUCUAAUGUAAGUCUAUGGCAGCACCCAAGGGGCUUGAAUUUUCGAGCUCUACCCUUAGACUUGGCGGCGACAUACUGUCCCAACAAGUGACAGAACACUGAGCUAAUCAUAGCGUAACUAGAGAACAUUACCAACACCUACGCUCCAUAUUUUCCGCUGGCUGCCCCACCACCACAGAAUGCACUGAGCUAGGCUGAAACACCUGCAUUUUGGAGCUGCCUUACUCAAGAAAGCAAAAAAGAGACCAUGUUUGUAUGUGGCUUUAUUAACUCAAUGAUGUUUUAUUUUUUUUAACAUUGUUUGCAAACUGAUAUGUGACACGUAUUAAUGCCAAAAUAACAUGCAAAACAGGCAAGCCCUUUUUUUUUGGCCAAUAUUUUAGGCUCUGCCCCACCUGCCCUGAAUGACGGGUCGCCACUGAAUGUGAAGAUAUAAUAGUUUAUCAACAUUUUAAGCUAAAAGUUCUGAACGGUUGCAUCAGACUCAUUGCUUUUUAACAUAAAAAAAAAAAAAAGAAGUAGCCUAGGCCUACUGGUUGUAUGAAUUUGGGAUCUAUCAUCCCAUAACUGUCCCAGAGUCUGUUUGGAAUAGGCUAUUUCUUUCUCGGCAAGCUGACCUAUAGAAUAGGUAGCCUAAACUUUUCUACUAUAGUAGAUUGUCAUAGGCUAGUGAUUUUGCUGUUUGUUACUUGUCUUGUUGGCUGAGGAAAAGUAAAUGUAGACAGGUAUUCUAACAUGUUCAAAGUGCACAUUAGAAUUCGGUAAGGACCAUUGCAUCCUCAACUUGCAUGUACUGUUAAUAUGAAUUACCAUAUUCUAAGUGUGUUUUCUUUCAUUCUGAGCACCGUGGAUGGACACCCUAAUCAGGUUACGCACCCAAUGCAUAUGGGUCUGGUAAAGUUCUCAAAUGUCCGGUAAAUUAAAAUGUUGCUGGUCAAAUGUCCGGCGCCACAUUUUCCUAACGGAACCUUGGUGUGCGGCUGCGUUACAGCUGGAGUUAACAUGACCUGACACAGUCUGGAUGGGGGUAAGAAGCACCAGAGUUAAAAGCUCACAGUUAGCCUAGUUCUGAGAUGGGCUGUGUGUGUUAGAGCCAGAGCCAGUUUAAGCUGGAGUUCAGAGAGCUUGAGAGGGCUCUCGGUGUAGUAUGCACAUGCUCGGCACAGAGCUGAAUUAUCCUAUUAAUUAUAUUGAUGACGACAUAACAUUUUGUUGACACCCUGACCCAGACUUUCUAAAAUCACAUUGCAUAAAUGAGAAGAAUGGGAGAAUGGCUCUGGAGAAGAUGGCUGCCGUUUUAUGGGCUCCUAACCAAUUGUGCUGUUGUGUGUGUUUUUUUGCGUUAUUUGUAACUUAUUUAUUUGUAACUUAUGCCAUUAUCUCUUAUGACCGAAAAGAGCUUCUGGAUAGCAGGACAGCGAUUACUCACUUGGUACUGGAUGAAGAUUUCUUCUUUAACGAGUCAGACGCGAAGGAUUUACUUCAGACACCCGACAAGGCCCAAAUCCCCGUCAUUCGCAUGAAGAAGAGACGGAGAUAUCGGGGAAGUAGGUCGGGGUGCCUUGUAAGGAUCCGACGGCGAUUGGAUAAUCUGCCUCUACCAUCAAUCCUAUUAGUCAACGUACAAUCAUUGGAUAAUAAAAUGGAUGAGCUCCGAUCAAGAAUAUCCUACCAACUGGACAUUAAAAACUGUAAUAUAGUUUCACCAAGUCGUGGCUGAACGACGACAUGGAAAACAUACAGCUGGCGGGGUUUUUGGUGCAUCAGCAAAAUAGAACAGCUGCCUCCGGUAAGAUAAGGGGUGGUGGUCUGUGUAUAUUUAUAUAUAACAGCUGGUGCACGAAAUCUAAUAUUAAGGAAGUCUCAAAGUUUUGCUCGCCCGAGGUAGAGGAUCUCAUGAUAAGCUGUAGACCACACUAUUUACCAAGAGUUUUCAUCUAUAUUUUUCGUAGCUGUCUAUUUACCACCACAAACCGAUGCUGGCACUAAGACCGCACUCAACAAGUGGUCCUCUGUAGCUCAGCUGGUAGAGCACGGCGCUUGUAACGCCAAGGUAGUGGGUUCGAUCCCCGGGACCACCAAUACACAAACAUUUAUGCACGCAUGACUGUAAGUCGCUUUGGAUAAAAGCGUCUGCUAAAUGGCAUAUUAUUAUUAUUAUUAUUAUUAUAACAAGCUGUAUAAGGCCAUAAGCAAACAAGAAAAUGCUCAUCCAGAGGCGGCGCUCCUAGUGGUCGGGGACUUUAAUGCAGGGAAACUUAAAUCCGUUUUACCUCAUUUCUACCAGCAUGUUAAAUGUGCAACCAGAGGAAAAAAACUCAAGACCACCUUUACUCCACACACAGAGACGCGUACAAACCUCUCCCUCUCCCUCGCCCUCCAUUUGGCAAAUCUGACCAUAACUCUAUCCUCCUGAUUCCUACUUACAAGCAAAAACUAAAGCAGGAAGUACCAGUGACUCGCUCAAUACAGAAGUGGUCAGAUGACACAGAUGCUAAGCUACAGGACUGUUUUGCUAGCACAGACUGGAAUAUGUUCUGGGAUUCUUCCGAUGGCAUUGAGGAGUACACCACAUCAGUCACUGGCUUCAUCAAUAAGUGCAUCGAUGACGUCGUCCCCACAGUCACCGGACGUACAUACCCCAACCAGAAGCCAUGGAUUACAGGCAACAUCCGCACUGAGCUAAAGGGUUAAGCUUCCGCUUUCAAGGAGUGGGACUCUAACCCAGAUACUUAUAAUAAAUCCCGCUAUGCCCUCCGACGAACCAUCAAACAGGCAAAGCGUCAAUACAGGACUAAGAUUGAAUCGUACUACACCGGCUCCGACGCUCGUCGGAUGUGACAGGGCUUGCAAACUAUUACGGACUACAAAGGGAAGCACAGCCGCGAGCUGCCCAGUGACAUUAGCCUACCAGACGAGCAAUACAUUAGCCUACUUCGAGGCAAGCAACACUGAAGCAUGCAUGAGAGCGUCAGCUGUUCCGGACGACUGUGUGAUCAGUUCCAACAGAUCCACAGAUGAUGCAAUCUCUAUUGCGCUCCACACUGCCUUUUCACACCUGGACUAAAGGAACACCUACGUGAGUAUGCUAUUCAUUGACUACAGCUCAGCGUUCAACACCAUAGUGCCCUCAAAGCUCAUCACUAAGCUAAGGACCCUGGGACUAAACACCUCCCUCUGCAACUGGACUUCCUGACAGGCCGCUCCCAGGUAGUAAGUGUAGGUAACAACACAUCUGCCAUGCUGAUCCUCAACACGGGGGCCCCUCAGGGGUGUGUGCUCAGUUCCCUCCUGUACUCCCUGUUCAACCAUGAUUGCAUGGCCAAGCAUGACUCCAACACCAUUACGUUUGCAGACGACACAACAGUGGUAGGCCUGAUCACCGACAACGAUGAGACAGCCUAUAGGGAGGAGGUCAGAGACCUGGCCGUGUGGUGCCAGGAUAACAACCUCUCUCUCAACGUGAUCAAGACAAAGGAGAUGAUUGUGGACUACAGGAAAAGGAGGACCGAGCACGCCCCCAUUCUCAUCGACAGGGCUGUAGUGGAGCAGGUUGAGAGCUUCAAGUUCCUUGGUGUCCACAUCACCAACAAACUAUCAUGGUCCAAACACACCAAGACAGUCGUGAAGAGGGCACAACAAAGCCUAUUCCCCCUCAGGAGACUGAAAAGAUUUAGCAUGGGUCCUCAGAUCCUCAAAAAGUUCUACAGCUGCACCAUCGAGAGCAUCCUGACUGAUUGCAUCACCGCCUGGUAUGGCAACUGCUCAGCCUCCGACCGUAAGGCACUACAGAGGGUAGUGCGUAUGGCCCAGUACAUCACUGGGGCCAAGCUUCCUGCCAUCUAGGACCUCUUUACCAGGCGGUGUCAGAGGAAGGCCCUAAAAAUUGCCAAAGACUCCAGCCACCCUAGUCAUAGACUGUUCUCUCUGCUACCGCACGGCAAGCGGUACCAGAGCGCCAAGUCUAGGUCCAAAAGGCUUCUUAACAGCUUCUACCCCCAAGCCAUAAGACUCCUGAACAGCUAAUCAAAUGGCUAACCGGACUAUCCCCUCAUUUUACGCUGCUGCUACUCUCUGUUUAUUAUUAAUGCAUAGUCACUUUACCUCUACCCAGAUGUACAUAUUACCUCAAUUACCUCGACUAACCUGUGCCUCCGACACAUUGACUCUGUACUGGUACCCCCUGUAUAUAGCCUUACUACUGUUAUUUUACUGCUGCUCUUUAAUUAUGUGUUAUUUUUCUUAUUUUUUAUAUUUACUUAUCUAUUUAUUACUUAACACUUAUUUUUCUUAAAACUGCAUUGUUGGUUAAGGGCUUGUAAGUAAGCAUUUCACUGUAAAGUCUACACCUGUUGUAUUCGGCCCAUGUGACUAAUAAAAGUUGAUUUGAUUUGUAAGCAUUAUUGCGCAAUCAUGGUAAUGUACAGAGCAUGUCUAGCAUAAGAAGUAGGGUAAAAUGAUGGGAAUGGAAAAAUGGUACCAGGACCGGCCUACCUCAACCAGGUAACUGCCAAACUAAAGGAAACACCAACAUAAAGAGCCAGAACAGAUUCAAUGCACCUUGGCAUAGAUUCUACAAGUGUCUGGAUGGAACGCUAUUGGAGGGCUGCGACACCAUUCUUCCAUGAGAAAUUCCAUAAUUUGGUGUUUUGUUGAUGGUGGUGGAAAAUGCUGUCUCAGGCGCCGCUCUAGAAUCUCCCAUAAGUGUUCAAUUGGGUGGAGAUCUGGUGACUGAGACGGCCAUGGCAUAUGGUUUACAUCGUUUUCAUGCUCAUCAAACAUUCAAUGAGCGCUCGUGCCCUGUGGAUUGGGACAUUGUCAUCCUGUGGGGGCAUACCCAUGGUAGCCAAAAUAAUGGCCUGCCUAGCAUUUCCCUAAGCAUGAUGGGAUGAUAUUACUUAAUUAACUCAGGAACCACACCUGUGUGAAAGCACCUGCUUUCAAUAUACUUUGUAUCCCUCAAUUACUCAAGUAUUUCCAUUACUUUGGUAGUUACCUGUACAUUGUACAGCACUGUGUGUGUCCAGGCUGUUAGUACAUGUGUUGUGCUAUGUUUCCAGGUGCUGUGGUGGAUCCUAGGAAGGUGCUGAUUGUAGCUGGACAUCAUAACUGGAUCGUAGUGGCUUAUGCACACUUUGUCAUCUGUUACAGGUAACACUGGCAUUAGUAGUUGGAUCCAUCAACUCAAAGUUGAUAUUAUUGAUAGAUUAUACUCCUCCAAAGUCUUGUGUGUGUGUGUUCUCCACUCCAGGAUAAAGGAGUCGUCAGGGUGGCAGCAGGUGUUUUCUAGCCCCUAUCUGGACUGGUCCACUGAGAGAAUCGCUCUCAACGCCAAGGUACUGUUAUACUGCUAAAAUCACAAUGGAUUGUCCUGAAAGUUGCGUUAUCAAUCAAAUGUAUUGUUUUUAAGGUGGUAGGCGGUCCCCAUGGCGAUAAGGACAAGAUGGUGGCAGCCGCCUCCGAUAGCAACAUCAUCCUCUGGAGCAUCCAGGACGGAGGGAGUGGCAAUGAGAUAGGUAGGGGGUGUGUUUGAGAGAUUGGUAGGGGGGUGUGUGUUUGAGAGAUUGUUUGUGAAAGAGAGACAUGUUUGUGUGUGUGUGUUAUUGACUCACUCUUUCCCCCUCUCUCUCUUUCCCUCUCUCUCUUCCUCCUUCUCUCUCUUCCUCCCUCUCUCUCUCUUCCUCCCUCUCUCUCUUUCCCCCCUCUCGCUCUUUCCCCCCUCUCUCUUCCCCCCUUCUCGCUCUCUCCCCCCUCUCUCUAUUUCCCCUCCUCUCUCUUCCCCCUCUCUCUCUUUCCCUCCUCUCUCUUUACCCCCCUCUCUUUCUUUCCCCCCUAUCUUUCUUUCCCCCCCUCUCUUUCCCCCCUCUCUCUCUUCCCCCUAUCUCUCCCCCUUUCCCCCCUCUCUCUCUUCCCCCCUAUCUCUCCCCCUUUCCCCCCCUCUCUCUCUCCCCCAAUUCUCUCUCUCUAGGUGUGUUUAGUCUUGGUGUACCAGUAGAUCAUCUGUUCUUCAUUGGGAACCAGCUGGUGGCCACCAGUCACACUGGGAAGGUGGGGGUCUGGAAUGCUGUCACACAGCACUGGCAGGUAGGAAUACAUAGGGUGUGUGUGGCUGUGUGUGUUUGACAGUGUGUGAAAGAGAGAGAGUUUAACCCUUUAUUUUCUCUCCAUCAGGUGCAAGAUGUAGUUCCCAUCACCAGCUGUGACACAGCUGGCUCCUUCCUGCUUCUGGGCUGCAACAACGGCUCCAUCUACUAUAUAGGUACAAACACACAGUUAAUUCAGGAAGUGGAAUUAGAUGUUUUGUUUACUUCCUGAAUUGAAAUGGAAUUGACCCCAGCCCUUGUUGGUUUCAUAUAUGUUCUCUCUCUCUUCUCUCUCUCUCUCAGACAUGCAAAAGUUUCCUUUGAGGAUGAAGGAUAAUGAUCUGUUGGUGACAGAGCUGUACCACGACCCAUCUAACGACGCCAUCACUGCCCUCAGUGUCUACCUCACACCCAAGACCAGUGAGUACACAGACAGACACACACUCUCAAACACGCACGUGUACAUGCAUGCACACACACAAAUAAUAUAUUUCCGUCUUCGUUGGGGUUCAGCCUUUCUUAGCAAUGAUCUUUUGUGACAUCUUAUCUCUCUCUCUCUCUCUCUCUCUAUGCACAGUGUUGUAAUAUGAAGUACGAAUAGUUUUUUUUCUUUUGUUAGACGAGGGAGCGCCAUUUUUUUUUAAUGACGUCAUAAAUUCUCAAAGUUUGUAGCCUACUGACAUAUGUAGCCUAUUGAAUAUCAUUGUAGAAUAGGCCUAUACAUAACAUGCAUCAUCCAAUUGCAUAACUGUUCAUUGUGAAUGAUAACGAUAACUGCAUGCCACUAAUUUGAUCUCAUUCAGUUUCAUGGGAAUAUGCACUUAGAUCUUCUGGAAUUACUGUUUCGUGAGCAAAUUAAAGCAGAUGGUGUUAACAAACCAUUAGCCUUUCUUUUAUUUUGUUUGAGUCAGUGCAUAUAUCCUGCCUAGUGGCGCGCUGUUGAGUUCUGGCCACAUGAGGAGUUUUUUACUAACAAGCACCAUUGUGAGAAGUGAUAAUCUUCUAUUUGUAAUAAUAAUAAGUGAUUUUACAUUUUAGUCAUUUAGAGGACGCUCUUAUCCAGAUCAAUUUACAGGAGCAAUUAGGGUUAAGGGCACAUCAACAGGUUUUUCACGUACUGGCCCAGCACUCUUAACCGCUAGGCUAUCUGCCGUCCUAGUGAUAAGUAGGACUAUUAGGCGUAGGCAACAGAUAUUGAUGAAGGUUAUUUUAAUUGAUUUGAGCACCCUUCAAAUCGUGGUGCAGAAAGGACAGCACUGUAACUAAGUGGUCACAUAUCGUUCUGGGUUCCACUGCGCAACAGGGGGUCCGUGGAUUUUUAUGAACAUCAAGGCAGACGCUGUGAAUUUGGAUCCUAGAGCUCAUUGGUGUGAUAAGGUUCAUUCGGUGGAUCAGUUUGUGUGCAUACAGUGGGGGAAAAAAGUAUUUAGUCAGCCACCAAUUGUGCAAGUUCUCCCACUUAAAAAGAUGAGAGAGACCUGUAAUUUUCAUCAUAGGUACACGUCAACUAUGACAGACAAAAUGAGAAAAAUAAAUCGAGAAAAUCACAUUGUAGGAUUUUUAAUGAAUUUAUUUGCAAAUUAUGGUGGAAAAUAAGUAUUUGGUCAAUAACAAAAGUUUCUCAAUACUUUGUUAUAUACCCUUUGUUGGCAAUGACACAGGUCAAACGUUUUCUGUAAGUCUUCACAAGGUUUUCACACACUGUUGCUGGUAUUUUGGCCCAUUCCUCCAUGCAGAUAUCCUCUAGAGCAGUGAUGUUUUGGGGCUGUCGCUGGGCAACACGGACUUUCAACUCCCUCCAAAGAUUUUCUAUGGGGUUGAGAUCUGGAGACUGGCUAGGCCACUCCAGAAAACAUUUGACCUGUGUCAUUGCCAACAAAGGGUAUAUAACAAAGUAUUGAGAAACUUUUGUUAUUGACCAAAUACUUAUUUUCCACCAUAAUUUGCAAAUAAAUUCAUUAAAAAUCCUACAAUGUGAUUUUCUGGAAAAAAAAAUCUCAUUUUGUCUGUCGUAGUUGAUGUGUACCUAUGAUGAAAAUUACAGGCCUCUCUCAUCUUUUUAAGUGGGAGAACUUGCACAAUUGGUGGCUGACUAAAUACUUUUUUUCCCCACUGUAUGUGUCUCUUUCUUUCUCUCUCUCUGCCUCUCUCACUCUCUUUCUUUCUCUCUCUCUGCCUCUCUCACUCUCUUUCUUUCUCUCUCUCUGCCUCUCUCACUCUCUUUCUUUCUCCCUCUCUCUCUCUCUCUCUAGGUGUGAGUGGUAACUGGAUAGAGAUAGCGUAUGGGACCAGUUCUGGAGCAGUGCGGGUCAUAGUCCAACACCCUGAGACAGUAGGCUCUGGACCUCAGCUCUUCCAGACCUUUACUGUCCACCGCUCCCCUGUCACCAAGAUCAUGCUCUCUGAGAAACACCUAGUCUCAGGUAAAUCAAAUCAAAUCAAAUCAAAUUGUAUUGGCCACAUGCGCCGAAUACAACAGGUGCAGACAUUACAGUGAAAUGCUUACUUACAGCCCUUAACCAACAGUGCAUUUAUUUUUAACAAAAAAAGUACAAAUAAAACAACAACAAAAAAAGUGUUGAGAAAAAAAGAGCAGAAGUAAAAUAAAAUAACAGUAGGGAGGCUAUAUAUACAGGGGGGUACCGGUGCAGAGUCAAUGUGCGGGGGCACCGGCUAGUUGAGGUAGUUGAAGUAAUAUGUACAUGUGGGUAGAGUUAAAGUGACCAUGCAUAAAUAAUUAACAGAGUAGCAGCAGCGUAAAAUGAUGGGGUGGGGGGGCAGUGCAAAUAGUCCGGGUAGCCAUGAUUAGCUGUUCAAGAGUCUUAUGGCUUGGGGGUAGAAGCUGUUGAGAAGUCUUUUGGACCUAGACUUGGCACUCCGGUACCGCUUGCCGUGCGGUAGCAGAGAGAACAGUCUAUGACUAGGGUGGCUGGAGUCUUUGACAAUUUUGAGGGCCUUCCUCUGACACCGCCUGGUAUAGAGGUCCUGGAUGGCAGGAAGCUUUGCCCCAGUGAUGUACUGGGCCGUACGCACUACCCUCUGUAGUGCCUUGCGGUCGGAGGCCAAGCAGUUGCCAUACCAGGCGGUGAUGCAACCAGUCAGGAUGCUCUCGAUGGUGCAGCUGUAUAAUUUUUUUGAGGAUCUGAGGACCCAUGCCAAAUCUUUUCAGUCUCCUGAGGGGGAAGGAACAAGGGAAAUAUAGUGAUAUUUUUUUGUUGAUUUAUUAGUGCUGAGCAAUUAGUGCUUUUGGAGGUCUGUUCGGGUUCGAUUAUUACAAAAAUAAUCACAAUUUAUGUUUUAUUAUUUACAUUAAAUGCACUAUGCAUUAUGUGGGUUGAAUGCUGUAACAACACAGAAUAACACAAUGAAUAAAAGUCCCAUGAUGGUAGUGACUGCCCAUUACUGAUUAUCACUUAUUAACCAUAAUUUAUUCCCAUUACUUUAAUAAAAUAUUUCAGUUGUUGUGUAUAUUACAUUUGUUUUAUUUGAUGACAUUAUUAUUUAAUUCCAACUCCUCAUCUCUAUAGAGCUGCUGCCUGACAAAAUCACUAUUUUAGUAGUUCUUCAAAGUAAAUAAGGCAUACUUUUAUGACUGCUGAAUACCAACUAUCAAUCACUUUUUUUUAUUUUACCAGGUAAGUUGACUGAGAGGACAUUCUCAUUUAUAGCAACGACCUGGGGAAUAGUUACAGGGGAGCGGAUGGGGGAUGAAGGAGCCAAUUGGAAACUGGGGAUAAUUAGGUGGCCAUGAUGGUAUGAGGGCCAGAUUGGGAAUUUAGCCAGGCCACCGUGGUUAACACCCCUAUUCUUACGAUAAGUGCCAUGGUAUCUUUAGUGACCACAGAGAGUUAGGACACCCGUUUAACGUCCCAUCCGAAAGACGGCACCCUACACAGGGCAAUGUCCCCAAUCACUGCCCUGGGACUUUGGGAUAAACACAUUUUUUUUUUGGGGGGGGGGGGCGGGGGCAGAGGAAAGAGUGCUUCCUACUGGCCCUCCAACACCACUUCCAGCAGCAUCUGGUCUCCCAUCCAGGGACCGACCAGGACCAACCCUGCUUAGCUUCAACAUGCAACCCUGCUGGGUUGCAUGUUGUGUUAAUAUUUUUGUUCAGUAUAUGUUAAAAUAAAUCAUUUACAUCCAAUAAUAAAGAGGAAAGACAGCAGUGUGAUGCACUUAGAUCAUGUACAGUAUUUUCAAGUAAAAAUACCUGGCAAUGCAACUGCUCUCUAUGUAUCCCCUCUUAAUCGCGCAUCCUUCUGUCUCUUACGUUGCAGGCGUAAAAGAAACACAGACCAGACACGUAGGCGCGCAAUGGAUUAUGGUCAUUGUAGUUCAUUAUCACAUUUUCUGCGCUAAACUAUGUAGAAUAUUGGCCUGUUGGAAACUACAACUUCCUACUACAUCGCACAGUUCGGGCACGAUCUGAUUUAUCUCUAGAUAAACUGCAGCACAAUGUGCACAUUGAGCUCACAGAAAAAACUUCAACGAAAUGGAAUUCAAAUAAUUGAACCGACAUCGGUCAAUUAGUUGUUUAAAAAAUAAAAAAUAACCGACAUUUCAGUUAAUCGCUCAACAACAGUUAUUAUGGAAGCGGGAUAAGAAAAGAACAGGGAUGAUGCUGAUAAUAUAUCUGUAUGAUAAUGGCUGUGUUUCAUAUACAUUCUGUGUGUGUGUCUGUCCGUGUGUGUGUGUGUCUGUCCGUGUGUGUGUGUCUGUCCGUGUGUGUGUGUGUGUGUGUGUGUGUCUGUCCGUGUGUGUGUGUGUUUGUCUCCUUUUAAGUGUGUGCGGACAACAACCAUGUGCGUACGUGGACAGUGACGCGGUUCCGUGGCAUGAUCUCCACGCAGCCUGGCUCCACCCCCCUCGCCUCCUUUAAGAUCCUCUCAUUGGAGGAGACUGAGAGCCACGGCAGCUACUCAUCAGGCAACGACAUUGGUGAGAGAGGGAGCGGGAUGGGGAGAGGGAGGGGAGGAGAAAGGGAAUAUAUAUGGUAAAUGGAAGGGGGGAUAGACAAUUGUUAAAGUAAAUCUAGCAAUGGUCUAGAGAGCCUAGUGUCCGUGUGGGUCUAAAUCCCAGUGAGACUGGUGCCAUCUCCCUCUAUGAAGGGCUUUUCACACUACUGAGCUGAACCGAGCUGAACCUAACCAAGCUGUACUGAGCCGGGCCUGGUUGCGCAUCCACCAUAGUUGCUGGAACUGUGCUUAAAAUGAUAAUGGGGAGCCAGCAGUUUGGUUUGGGUGGGCAUGAUAGGGUAUAACAGUGGGUCUAGAGCCCAGUAUCCCGGGUGGUGUGGUCUCCCCUCAGGUCCGUUUGGGGAGAGAGACGACCAGCAGGUGUUUAUUCAGAAGGUCAUCCCCGUCACCAACAAGCUGUUUGUUCGCCUCUCCUCCACUGGGAAAAGGUAUUACACAUCAGUUAUACUCACACAACAUCUACUGAACAUAUCAUGAUGUUAUAGCCUUGUCUGAUAAACAUGGUCAUUUAGCACGUUCAUCCAGCUCACAGUAAACACACUUAAAUUCAUCAAAUGUGGUCCAAGUAGGCAUACAACCUAUAACCCAAGUGUUGUUAGCACUAUGCUCCAACCAUAGAAAUCCUAUUAAAUGACUAUUAAUUUACUAUUACUAUAGUAUUCUAAUUCCUAAUUAUAUGGCUCCAACACACUGAGCUACCAGAACUGUGGCUGCUCUGUUCUGGUCUGAAUGCAGUCAGUUCUGGUCUAUUCCAGUCUGAUGUGGUCUGUCCUGGUUGUCCCUGCAAGGAUCUGUGAGGUGGCAGCAGUGGAUGGGACGACCAUCUCGUGUUUCACGGUUAGGGAGUGUGAGGGUUCUAGCAGGAUGGGUUCUAGACCCAGGAGGUACCUGUUCACGGGCCAUGGCAAUGGCAGCAUUCAGAUGUGGGACCUCACCACCGCUAUGGACACCGCCAACAAGAGGGAGGAGAAGAAGAAAGAUGGUGAGGAGUGUGUGUGUGUGUGUGUGUGUGUGUGUGUGUGUGUGUGAAAAGAUAACAAGUAAUUUGUGUAGGAACAUAUGCAUCUGAGGGCAUUGUACAUAUCCAUGGCUUGUAGUCUGUUUAUUAUCUAUCCUGUUCCCUAGUCACUUUACCCCUACCUCAAUUACCUCGUACCCCUGCACAUCGACUCAGUACUGGUACCCCAUGUAUAUUUUUCUCUCUGCAUUGUUGGGAAGGGACGUAAGUAAGCAUUUCACUGUUAGUCUAAACGUGUUGUUUAUGAAGCAUUUGACAAAUAACAUUUGAUUUGAUUAGUCAUUGACACUUUGUUUUCACAUUUAGUUUGACACUGAUAAAUUAUGUGUUUGAUUGACAGAAGUGGGCGGGCCAACUGAAGAGGAGCUGCUUCAGCUAUUGGACCAGUGUGACCUCAGCACCUCCCGCUGUGCCACGCCCAACAUCAGCCCCGCCCCCUCGGUGCUGCAGCACAGCCGUCUCCGAGAGUCCUGCUCCAGGUCAGUCUCUGACUCUUUAUGUUGUGCACGUUUGUCUGUCUACUUGUGUCUUUUUCAUGUUGUCUAUAUCUAUUUCUCUGACCCCCAUUCUCGCUUUCUCUCUCCAGCCUCCAGCUGCAGGCCCAGGAGCCCAUUCCAGAGACGGCCACCUACGAAUCUCUGCGACCCUACAGAGAGAGCCCACUGCUGGCCCGAGCCCGUCGCACAGAGUCUUUCCACAACUACAGAGACUUCCAGAACUUCUCGCUAGGGAAAGGCCUGCUGGAGAGCCCUGAACAGGCUCCAGGACAGGGGGCACGCCCAGGUACAGAGGCCAGAACCCGGUCGCUGUGUGAGGCUGGGGGAGAGGAGGCGGAGCGGAAGGGCUCUGCCAUGGAGCUCUGGGCUAGCCGAACCGCUAACGCCGCUAAUGCUAAUGUCGUUGCUAACGCUGCCAUGGUCACAGACGCCGCUGCAGCUGAGGGUGUCACAGAAUCGUCACGGCAACUGCCUGACAGCCCUGGUGGAGACGUUCGUCGAAGGGUCCAAUCGGAGGAGGAGGAGGAGGGGGCAGGGCUAGGAUCAGGGGUGGAGGCUAGGUCUGAGGUGAGAAGGAAGGGAGGGUUUGAUGGGGGGGUUCUGGGCAGGAAGAGGGCACCUCCCGUCCCCCAGCUCUCCUCGCUCUCCUCAGGGGGGUCUGAGGGGGGAUGCAGUGACUCCUCCACCGCAUCCCCCUCCCCCACCAAGCUGGCCUCCACUUCCCCCCGACACAGGAAGAGCAGUGAGCCAGCCAAUCAGGACAGCAGCCUGUGA